CUGACGACUGCCUGUUGAGGCAGGAAUGGCACAGCCUGGGCCGGAGGUCCCCUACCCCUCUCAAUGUGGCCGCAAGAUUCGGCCUGACUUUGUGAGCUUGUUAAGAGGGUCCCAACUGCUCAGGACAGAGGCCAGCUUUUUGACACCUUGAUUUGAUCACCAGGCCUCAUUCGUUCUGCUCCAAAGUUCCCUUCCCCUGGGUAAUACCCACUGGGACUCCUAUACUACCACGAUGAAGACUGCAUUUACACCUAAGACAGGAGCAAUGCCUGCUUUAAUUCGUCAAAAAAGUAUCCGAAGAUUAGGAUAUACAUAUUCACUUAGCGAUCCUCUUCACAAUCGGACACAAUACAACGAUGAGUACAUUUGGAAGUUACAUUCUACAGAAGAUUUUAUCAAAGCUAGGACUCCAAGAGAGAUUGGGAGUCACAAUUCUCACUCCAGUCAAAACUUCUUUCACUGGACACUACCUCCAUGUCACUCAACACCAGUGAAGAGCUACCUCCCUUGGAAAGUUGCUGCUUCGAUGGAUGAGGACUUCUUUCACUGGACACUACCUCCACUUCACUCAACAUCAGUGAAGAGUUACUUCCCUUGGAAAAUCGCUGCUUCCAUGGACAAGGUCAGGAAGGCUGUAUCUAAUCAGUUUAUUUCCCAUACUAGGAGAGACUUUGUGGACAGAGCUGAAGCUCAGAAGAUUAAGCAAAGUUCUCAGAUGUUUCUGGAAUGGAAAAAGUUACUUUCCCACCCCACAGACACUGAAUUUCGACGCAAUUACCAAGUUCCAGCUAAAAUUCCUGAGUUUCAGGAUUUUACUUUCAAAUAUGGAUGCUACUCAAGCCUACCAGUUGCUUCUCAGGGUCUAGUUCCUUCCGUACUAUGCAGCCACAUGAAGAAUCAGGACCGCACAAAGAAGCAGACCAUCUACCAGAGUGACUACGGGAAAGCCUACCUGGAUUUCUUAAUGAUCUUGAACUCAUUUACUCCCUCUCAAAUAACUGAGUACCUGCAAAGUGUCUCCAGCAAAGACAGAAAAAUUCUUGAUCGCUUUAUUCGCUCUUACUAUGACAUUGACAAAGGGAUGGAAUGAAAAAGGAAAACAGUCCAAGUGAAGAAAAUCUGAAAAUCAAUGAAAGGGCCUAUGGGGCCAUUUUAUAAAAAAUCAAGGAGAAACAAUAUCCAAAUUGUUCCAAAUAUGAUAUUCAUGACUUUGUGUAAUUUUGUUUUCUUUCAAGGCUAUAAAUCCCUACCCCAUACCCCAACAAAUCUCUUAACUGUAUCUAGUAGGUUUUAAUGUAAAGUGUUUUCAGACUCAGCCAGUUUGGCAGUCAAUAGAGCACCCGCCCUCAGACUGAAGGGCUGAGGUUCCAUUCCAGUCGAGGGCCCUAGGUUGCAGGCUUGACCCUCCGCAGGGCCCCUGUGCGAGGCAACUAGUCGAUGUGAGUGUGUCUCUCACAUGGAUGUUCUCUGUCUCUCCUCCUCCCUCCCGUUCUCUCUAAAAAUAUCCUUGG